AUGUCUGUUAGAAAUCAAGAAAGUUAUAUUUCUAUUCCUGUCAUUAGAGAUAGAAGAGCUUCAAAUUUAAGAAAAGAUUCAUUUUUAAAUGGUUCUAUUGGAUCUUUUAAAGGUGUUAAUUCAUUAGGUCGUUUUGCUUCUUCUUUUAAUAGAGCUCAAUCUUUUAGAAACAUUGAACCAAUCCAUGGUAACCCAAGAUCUUAUUUUAAAGAUGAUGAUGAACUUUAUGAUCCUCAAACUUUAUCACCUUCAAGAUAUGGUGAUAGAUUAUCAUCUGUUAUACCAAAAACUGAUAUUGAAUUCUUAAGAAAUAGAAAUAGUAAUGAAAAUAUUAAUCAAAUUGAUGAACCUGGUGAUUAUGAUGCUAUUGAUGAUAGUUCAUUCUUGGCUCAAUCUAUAAGAGAUUCUCAUUCAAUUUAUUCUUAUGGUGCAACUACAACUGCUAAUGAUUUAGGUAAUGGUGGAUUUGCUGAAUUUUCUGAAACUGAACCAUUAGUUUUAAAAAAAAUUGAAACAAAUUCAGGUAAAACAGUUACUGUUAUUGCUGGUCAAUCAACAGCUCCACAAACAAUUUUCAAUAGUGUUAAUGUUUUAAUUGGAAUUGGAUUAUUAGCUUUACCUUUAGGUUUAAAAUAUGCUGGUUGGGUUAUUGGUGUUCCAGCUUUAUCAAUGUGUGCUUUAUUAACUUUUUAUUCUGCUGAUUUAUUAUCAAAAUGUAUGGAUACUGAUCCAACUUUAAUGACUUAUUCAGAUUUAGCAUAUGUAACAUUUGGUCCAAAUGGUAGAUCAUUUAUUUCAUUUUUAUUUUCUUUAGAUUUAAUUGCAAGUGGUGUUUCAUUAAUUGUUUUAUUUGCUGAUUCUUUAAAUGCUUUAUAUCCAAGUAUUCCAAUAAAUCAUUUUAAAAUUAUUGCAUUUUUAGUUUUAACUCCACCUUCAUUUUUACCUUUAAAUGUUUUAAGUUUAAUUAGUUUAUUUGGUAUAACAAGUACAAUUGGUGUUGUUGUUAUGAUUUUCAUUGCUGGUUUUACUAAAACUGAAAGUCCAGGUUCAUUAAUUCAAUUUGCUCCAACAAAUUUAUUUCCAGAUUCUUUAGCAAGUGCAUUAAUUUCAAUUGGUAUUCUUAUGGCACCUUUUGGUGGUCAUGCAAUUUUCCCAAAUUUAAAAGUUGAUAUGAGACAUCCUUAUAAAUUUAAAGAUUGUUUGAAAACUACUUAUGGUGUUACAUAUUUAACUGAUAUGUCAAUGGCUGUUAUUGGAUUUUUAAUGUUUGGUGGUAAUGUUAAAGAAGAAAUUACUAAAUCUAUUUUAUUAACUGAAGGUUAUUUUAAAUGGACUUAUAUUUUAAUUUGUACAUUAAUGGCUAUUGUUCCUUUUUCAAAAUUACCAUUAAAUGCUAGACCAAUCAUUUCAAUUUUUGAUCAUAUGUUUAAUGUACAUGAUAUUUCUAUAUCAUCAUCAACUGGAAAUUCUAAUGCUUCAUAUUUUAUCAAAUCAUCAUUUAAAGUUUUUAUCAGACUUUUCGUUAAUGCACUUUUUGUCAUUAUUGCUAUUCUUUUCCCAGAAUUUGAUAAAAUCAUUGCAUUUAUGGGUGCAGGUUUAUGCUUUGCACUUUGUUUAAUUUUCCCAUGUUUAUUUUAUCUUUCAAUUUGUAAAGAUUCUAUUUCAUCAAGGGAAAAAAUUGGUUGUUAUACCAUUAUUAUUGCUAGUUCUAUUUUAUCAGCUGUUGGUAUAACAGCUGCAAUAAUUUAUUAG